AUGAGCAGUCUCAACUGUCAUUCUAGAAUACCCAGUGACAGUAGUGUUGCUGUUGCUGUUGCUGUUGCUGUUGCUGUUGCUGUUGCUGUUGCUGUUGAGUCUAGCAGAGAUGCUGUAUGUCGUAGUGUCGACACGGACUCGUUCCCCAAGGACUACGCCCUAGUGUCGUUGCUCAGUGCAUACCACGGCGAGUUGAACCCUCCUUCCAAGUCGCAGAUCCUCGUAUCAGACAGCCUAUCGAGGCCAUUCAAGUUGUCGACUUACAAGUCCACCAGCAUAUACUCACCCUUGAUGAAGCUCUACCAAAACAAGGAGCUUUUGAUUUUCCCCAUAUUCCGAAUCAAUUGGCAGAACUUGGCUGUGAAUUAUUUGCUCCAUAAUGCAGUAAUUGCAGUGCUAGUCGCGGUGUACUCGUUCAAAGAUCGCGUGUUGGAUCGAUUCUAUGCCAUCAAAUACGGCGGCGGCAAAGCGGAUAGCGAGUCGUCAAUAUUCCAGAACUUUGCUGCGUAUGUCAUGCACAAGUCAAGUGCAAUCACAAACUUGAUCUAUGUGCCCAACCUUGUUUCCAUAUUGCUAAUUGUUGUGUCGUCGCCCGUGUUUUCGCUACUCGGUUCCAAGAGGUAUCCAGACUUGCAUCGAUUCUACGUGCGUAACCAGAAGCAAGUGUUCAAGACAUACACAAAGGCGAUUGGGUUUGUUGCAGGGUUGGUCGCCAUAAAAAUGAACUAUACGCAAUGGCUUGCAGACUGGGGAUACGACAAGCGAGUGGAAGCCGAACUCAACUCCAGUGGAUACAAUGCAAUCUAUGAAGAAGACGUUGACGAGAUUCCUCCCGCCAGGCUACUUUCAAAGCAAUUCUACAAUGACCUCAACAUGUACUUGUUUAAGCUUGUGGUGUUGUCCAAAUGGCGUAUUCUCAAGACAUACCACCCACUCUUUUCCAAACUUCAUUUACCCUUGUGGAACCAGUUGGAAACCAUAUUGAUGUGUUUUGGGUUUUUCAAAAUGAUGAACUUGAACGAUUUCAUCAAGGAGCACAAGACAAUGGAAUCAGAACGAAUAUCUAAGGACCUUAUGAUAAAAAUGGCUCAGUUUGUAUCAUAG